CUUCAUAGAGAGAGAGAGAGAGAGAGAGAGAGAGAGAGAGAUCGAUCUUCAAAACCUUUUGUUCCUAAGCCAUGGCCCCAUCAGUUGUCGCUCAUGUGAUUUCGGCUUCUUGCUUUGCUUUUUCUUUGGAACCAAAUAAGUUUCUGAUGUUUCCGAUUUCGAAUUUUCGCAAAUCUUCUUGGCCGAGGAAUGACGAUUCUAAAAGAUUGAGGGCAAACUAUGUUUCCGCUUCGUUUUCGAGCUCUUUGAAAACUUAUGACAAACCGAACUCUGUAUCACAUGAGUUCACCAUCAAGAAGCUAAGGAACAUACUUGUGAGUAAAAAUGGAGAGAAUCGGUUUGAGAGUUUGGAGAUGAUCGACGCCAUUCAACGUCUAGGCAUCGACCACCAUUUUAGAUGCGAAAUCGAGGAAAUCUUGGGAACGCUUUACAAGCAAGGUGGUCGAUAUGGAUGCUAUGGUCAUCAUGAUCUUCGUGAAGUCGCUCUUUGCUUUCGAUUGCUGAGACAGGGAGCUCACCACGUCCCGCAAAGUACCUUCGACGUCAUUAGAGAUAAAGACGGGGGAUUUAAAGACGAACUUCAAAACGACAUAAAGGGUUUGUUAGAGCUGUUCGAAGCUUCACAGCUAAGUAUAGAAGGAGAAGAAAUGCUCGAUAACGCCAGAGAGUUUGCGGUUAAUCGCCUUAAAGAACUUUGCUUGACCACAGAGACUGGACAAAGACAAGUCAUAUUGGAUAUUUUGGACCGACCCCUUCAUAAAACCUUGUCAAGACUAACAAACAAAAGAUUCAUAAGCAUGAGUAACAUCGGUGGCGAAAAAGAGUGGUGGCAAUCGCUACAAAGUGUGGCUGAGAUUGAUUUCAAAACGCUGAAGUCAUUGCAUCAAGAGGAAAUAUCUCAAACCUUCAAAUGGUGGAGAGAUCUUGGUUUGGCAAAGAAACUGAGAAAAGCAAGAGACCAGCCAUUAAAAUGGUGCACUUGGUCCAUGGCGAUUCUCCAAGACCGUGGCUUGUCGGACCAAAGGCUUGAUCUAACAAAACCGAUAUCGUUAAUUUAUGUAAUAGAUGACAUUUUCGAUGUCUAUGGGGGAUUAGAAGAGCUCACCAGCUUCACACAUGUUGUCGAGAGAUGGGACUAUGAAGAGCUUGAGAACUUGCUUAGUCAUAUGAGAGUAUGUUUCGAGGCUCUAGACAUGGUGACAGUGGAGAUUAGCCUCAAGGUGUAUCAAAAAUAUGGAUGGAAUCCGAUGGAUUCUCUUCGAAAAUCGUGGGGGAGGCUGUGCAAGGCAUUUUUGGUAGAGGCAAAAUGGUUUGAAAGGGGUUACUUGCCAAGCACGGAAGAGUAUCUUGAGAAUGGGAUGGAGAGUUCAGGCGUCCAUUUGGUGAUGCUUCAUGUUUUCUUCUUGUUGGGUGAAGAAAUCACCAAAGAGAAAGUUGAAUUAAUCGAAAGUAACCCUAAGAUCGUUUCAUCAACGGCUACAAUCCUUAGACUUUGGGAUGAUCUCGGAACUGCCAAGGACGAGAACCAAGAUGGGUUUGAUGGGUCAUACAUAGAGUGUUACAUGAACCAGAAUAAAGGGUCAACGACAGGAGAGGCAAGAACACAUGUUUUCCAAAUGAUAUCUAAGGCUUGGAAGUGCUUGAACGAAGAAUGUCUGAACCCAAAGCCGUUCUCGAGAUCUUCCUUUGCAAAGGCUUGCCUGAAUCUUGCGAGGACCGUGCCUAUGAUGUAUAGCUAUGACGAUCACCAUCGGCUUCCACAUCUUGACGAAUACCUCAAAUAGUUUUGGCCCCAAAAAAGAAAUUGCAAAAAAGGAGGUUAUGAUUGUAAAUUAGUUUGAAAGUCUUGAUCAUCAUUUAUUGGUCCAGCAACAAAUUGUAAUAAUAAUAAUAUGAGAAAAAUUGGUGGCAAGAGGAGUAUUGUAAUAAUAAUAUGAGAAAAA